AUGGCACUCAUUUUCUCACUUAUUUUGUUCAUCUCCGCCGCCCUCUCCUCCGCUGCCCCAGACGGUGGCUAUGGUUUCUCGGUCGAAAUGAUCCACCGUGACUUCCCCAAGUCCCCACUUUUCAACGCAUCAGAAACACACUACCACCGCAUCGCCGACGCUCUCCGUCGCUCCAUCAGCCGUGAGACGGUGUCGCUGACAGACACGGGGAAAGCACCAAUAUAUAGCAGCGGAGGCGCGUACAUUGUGAAAAUAUCCAUCGGAACGCCGCCGUUUCCAAUUGUAGCCGUUGCUGACACUGGAAGCAACAUCAUUUGGACUCAAUGCAAACCGUGCCGGAAUUGCUACAAUCAAACCGAGCCGAUGUUUGAUCCGAGUAAAUCGUCGACUUACAAGUUAGUCCCGUGUUCCUCGCCGAAUUGCUCGAUUUCAGGGCUGGAAAGUUCUUGUUCCUCGGAAUCCAUGUGCGAGUACUCCACUUCUUACUACGAUGGAACCCACAGCAAAGGGGAUAUUGCAGUUGAUACCGUUACGAUGGGCUCCACCUCCGGCCAACCCGUGGCGUUUCCACGGACUGUGAUUGGCUGUGGCCAUGACAAUGUUGCCGCUUUUGGUUCUAAAAUUUCUGGGAUUGUUGGGCUCGGUCAAGGUCCAGCUUCGCUCGUCCAGCAGAUGGGGCCCGCCACCGGCGGAAAAUUCUCCUACUGUUUGGUACCCGUCGGGAAGUCUAACAACUCGAGCUAUCUUAACUUUGGCUCUAAUGCUAUCGUCUUUGGCUCCGGAGCCGUCUCGACUCCAUUUUAUACUAGUGCAAUAAACUACUUCAAAGGUUUCUACGUGCUGAAAGUAGAAGCAAUGAGCGUAGGAAGCAACAAAUUUAAUUUUACAAGCACUUUAUUAUUGGAAUCAAACGGAAACAUCAUUAUCGACUCCGGCACGACGCUUACAUACAUACCAAUGGAAACCUACGCCAACUUCUCCAACGCAAUUUCCAAGCUGAUGGACCUCAAGCCCACGACUGGUCCAAUUCAAUUCUUGAAUUAUUGUUAUGAGACCACCACCGACGACUAUAAGGUGCCGCCUGUCACAGUGCACUUCGAAGGCGGCGACGUGAAUCUCAAGCGAGAAAACUUGUUUAUUAGGGUGGCUAACAACGUCGUUUGCUUGGCAUUUGUUGCUAGGAAUGACAUGUUUGUCUAUGGCAACAUUGCACAGACUAACUUCUUGGUUGGCUAUGAUACCAAGAAAUCGUCUGUCUCUUUCAAGCCAUCAAAUUGCGCUACCUUGUGA